AUGGAACUGUUGCAGCCAUUGUUGAUGAGAUACCUUACAUCAAAGUAUUCCUCUCCAUGUACUGUAACAAGUAUGCCAUGGUUGGGACGUACCUACAAGACUGAUGGAUUUGGAUUUGUCUUCCCAAAGGGUUCGCCUUUGGUUCCUGAUGUAUCGAGGGCAAUUCUAAAUGUAACAGAGAGUGCAAAAAUGAACGAGAUUGAGAGAGAAUUAUAUAGGAAUGGAAGCUGUUCUGACCAAAGGGAUACAACCAUCACUUCAGAUAGUCUUACAUUUAAUAGUUUUUGGGGUCUAUUCCUCAUAACUGGGGUUGCUACCCUUUGUGCCUUAGUUCUUCAUUUGGGUAGCUUUCUUUAUGAACAUCGAAAUAUAUUGAGAACUUGUGAUUCGGAGAACUCUGUACGUCAGAAGUUUGCUCUGCUGGCCAAACUCUAUGAUCAAGCAGAUCCAUCCCUGCAUGGACCAAAGAAGACAGGAACUGGGGAUGAGCAGGUAAUAAGCGAUGUUGUGCCUUCACUUCAUAACAGCGAACUGCAAAGCCCAUCAAGCAUCUCCAAUUAUGAACAUGGAUACUUUGGGCCUGAGGAUGAUACAGGAACCCCACCAGAGGAACCAGGAACUCCAGGUAGAGAGGUUGCUAGUCGUAAUCCAGACCCUCCAUCAUUUGCAGAGAUGCUUAAUGAGAGGUAAUGUCAUUUCCAUGUCUAAAUACUGAUUUUCACUAUUUUAAAUGGUCAUGUGGCUGUUCCACAGUUAACACCGGAAGGUCAUUUGUCUAAUAUUUCUUUAUUAAGCAUGAAAAGAAUCAUGUCAAAAAGAGAGAGAAAAUCUAGACAUUAACACAAUUAUCUUUUGGUAAUGGACAGCAGAUGUGAUCCUAUUAUAGAAUCUUUUUCUUGAUGAUAUGAGGUACUUUGUACGA